AUGGAAGGAAGCGGAAGCGCUGCACAAAAGAGGACCAAAUGUUUCCUUGCAGACAACUCCACGCGCAACGGAAGCUCGCGCAGGCUGCUGCGGCUUUUCCGCCUGGUGCGAGUUGCCAAGCUUCAACGAGAGCUUUCGCUGGUGGCAAGCCGGUUCCUGUCGACAUACGCUUUCAUGGUCAUGAAGAUCGUGGGAGCUUUACUAAUGAUGUUGGCCAUCAACCACAUUAUCGGGUGCUGCUGGUAUGGCAUUGGCUAUGGGAGUGACAGCACCAAAACCUGGAUAUACCGCAUUGAGAUUGAGGAUGCAGACUUUGCGACGAGUUAUGUCUACUCAAUCCAUUGGGCUUUGACACAGUUCACUCCUUCAACGAACAACAUCGCUCCAGAAAAUGCGAUGGAGAGGUUUUUCGCAAUAUGGGUCAUCUUGCUUGCCAUGGGUGUCUACUCAUCCUUCAUCGGCUCCAUCAGCUCGACCGUCAACUCAUUGCGUGCUGUCCGUGGAGAAAAAAUCAAACAGCAAUCCAAGCUGCUGCAGUUCUUCAUCGAGCGAAAUCUUUCGCUGGACUUGUAUGGGAACAUCCAGGAGACCCUUCGUCGCGAAGGCAUGGUCGAGGUUCGCCUUAAGGAGGACGAAGUCAGCCUGAUCAGCGGCCUGCCAGAGCGCUUCAAGCAGCAGCUGCAUGAAGAGCUCUUCCUGGUAGCAGUUCAGCGUCUCCCGCUGUGGCCUUCCUGGGCUGAAGGUCAAUCUGCCGACAGCUUCUUCUUCAAUAAUUUGUGCCAUCAAGCUGUGAGCGAGUGUGUCACCACACCUGGCGAGGAUGCAUUCAUGGCGGGGACAGUCUGCGAGAAUGUGUACGUUGUGGAGUCCGGCUUCAUGAACUAUUCGUUGGGCAACCAACAGCCCGACGAGAUAGAAAGGCCUGCUAAAGGGCAAUACAGAGCAGUAAGAGACAGAGAGAGAGAGAGAGAGAGGAAGAGUGCUUUGGGGACUACAUCGAAGGGGUUUUCACAGGACCGCGGGGAAACGAGAGCAUGGGAGCAUUGGGGGAAAGGGAGCGGUCAGGGAAAGGUCAACUCGCCCUCAUUUGAUACAUUUUCCCAAGCUGUACAGGGGCCACUGUUCUGUGGGCUCAGCCCACGCGCAGUAUUCGGACUACGUACGGAGGUCAGCAUGUAG